UUUAAAAAAUCAGAAUUUAAAAACAACAAAACAAGAAACUUUUAAUAAAUCAGAAUUCCAAACAAACAAACAUUUUAAAACACGUGUUUUUCUCUUUAUAGUUAUGGACACUGUUAGUUUGGAUGAUUUAACCAGAAUUGAGCCGCCUGAAAAACCUCCCAGUUUAGAACAAUUACAACAAUUGACAGGAAAUCGUUUUUCUUUGAGAUGGCUCAAAUAUACCUACAAUCGAUUUAAAAAUGAAUGCCCAACUGGAAGAAUGCACUUUACAGAAUUUCGACGUCUUUUUGGAGGAUUCCUUCCUGAUAGAUUGAACGACAACUAUUUGGAACGAGUGUUUCAUGCUUUUUGCCGAACUCAUCAAGAACAAUUGUCGUUUAAAGAUAUGGUUGUAACUUUAUCUAAAAUUUGUGAUGAAAGUCCAGAAUCUAAUGCUGAAUGGAUUAUGAGAUUAAUUAAUAGAAAUGAUUUUUUGGAAUUUAUUAAAUCCGUGUUUACUCUGCGCGGAAAAAGCGAACAAAACGAACUUAAAAGAAUGCAAACAUCUAUUCGACGCGCAACAAUGGCUGAAGAUUGUUCGUUAGCUAGUAGUAAUGUUCGUUUGGAAAAUAAACAAAAACAAUCAUUACAACAUUCACCACGCCCACCAACAACAUUCAAAACAGCGGCAUUACUAGCAUCGGCCGUAACAACACCUACAGCAGCCCCAGCAAUUGCUAGUUUUGUUCCUUUUGUUGGCAAUUCAAAAAGAGAAUCCUCUUCUCCUGAUCAUGAAUUUAGUAGGGCAAUAAACAGAAGGGCAUUCUUUCUGUUUGAGGUUAGUUCAAAAACAAGUUUAUUUAACAUGUUCGAAACUAAGUUUAUUUAAACAAAAUAAACUUGUUUUGAAAUAAACUUGUUUGUUUUAGCAAACAAACAUUCAAACAAACAUUUAAUUUAACAAAAACAUUUUAAUUAAAACAUCCUCUCAAAAACAUUUAAAAACACAUAAAAACAUUUCUUCCAUCCAAACUUCAAAACACUUGCAAACAACAAAACACAAACAUUUUCACAAACAUUUA